GGGCUGGCCCAGCUGGAGGCUCUCUGCAAAUCGCACAUAGCAGCUCCCCCAGCCGAAAGUCAGACGCAACGCCGCCCCCCAGAACCCUCGCCGCCGCCGCCGCCACCGCCACCGCCGACUAUGACGUCCGUGCGCAGCGCCGCCGGGGUUGCGCUGCCGCCGAUCCGGCUGGCGGUGGAGCGGGCGCGCCAGGAGGCGCUCCGGCGCGAGCUGGACGGGUGCCAGCUCCUCGCGGGCAUCUGGUGCCACGGCUUCACGGUGGCGCAGCUCCGCAGCAUCCGCGCCUCGCUCCCCUCCACGGCGCGGCUGCUGGUCGCCAAGAACUCGGACCUCGCGGCGGCGGUCGAGGGCACGCGCUGGGAGUCGCUCCGCCCCUGCGCCCGCGGCAUGAACGCCUGGCUCUUCGUGCGCUCCGACGAGAUCCCGCCGGCGCUCCGCCCCUACCGCGACUUCCAGAAGGAGUGGCGCCUCCAGCUCAACGACUUCACCGGCGCCGUCUACGAGGGCCGCCUCUACGGCCCCGACGACUUCGCGCAGCUCGAGGCCAUGCCCACCAGGGUGCAGUCCUACCAGUACCUCCUCGGGUGCCUCCAGAUGCCCGCCGUCUCCGUCCUCGCCGCCCUCCGCGCGCGCCAGGAGGCCAUGGCGCAGGCCGAGAAGCCGCCCGCCGAGGAGGCGGCUCCUGCUCCGGCGCCGGAGAAGUGAUCCCUCCAUCGACGCCGAGGUUCCGCAGUUAUCACACCUGCAGCUCCUUUCUCUUUUGCAGAUUUUGAAUUCAGUGUUAGUAGAGAACACCCACAAAACCAUCAUAAGGAUGCAUUGCCCAUAUGUAUCAUCAGUUCAUGAACUGACUUUUGAAUGGGAAGAAGAAAUGUGAUUUGCUAGAUCUUUCACUA